AUGUUUCCCAUUGCUGUACGGGACUACAUCCAUUUCCGCCCUUCCAAAGUCCUGAACUCACGCACUAGUUUACUGGAGGAGCCCCAGCAGCUCCGCCCACUGGGCUGGGAAUCUGAUGUUAGAAGUGAUACUGCAACAAAUGGGAUUAAAGAGGAGGCGGCUUCAUGGGAAGGGGGAAACCAAUCAGAUUGCAGCGUUAAUCCCUGUACAGAACAGAUACAGGGAACAGACACACCUGCUCCUAUCAUGGGGUGCAGCCUGAAUAACAGCUCGGCAGAGGAUUAUAAAUCGGUUGUUAUUAAAGAGGAGGCGAGUUCAUGGGAGGAAGAAAAGCCCCUCGCUGAAGGAACACAAGGAACAGACACAGCGACUCUCAUGGGGCGGAGCCUGAAUAGCAGCGGCUUCCCUAAGGAUACAGCCCAUGGUACUGAAGAGGAAUCGGAUUCAUGGGAAACAGACCAUAAUUACUGCAACAUAAAUACAGAGCAGCCCCUGGGAACGGACCAAUCAGCUCCCACCAUGGGCUGCAGCCUGAGCACCAACUCGCCAGCGGAUUAUUUAUCAUUUGUUAUUAUAGAGGAGGUGGCUUCAUGGGAAGGCGAAAGCCAAUCGUAUUACAGAAUUCAUCCCCUUACAGAACAGAUACAGGGAACAGACACACCUACUCCUAUCAUGGGGUGCAGCCUGAAUAACAGCUCGGCAGCUAAUUAUUUAUUAAAUAAUAUUAAAGAGGGGGUGGGAUUAUGGGAAGGGGGAAACCAAUCACAAAUCAGAAUGAUGACAACACCAGGUACAGAUCAGGCCACGCCUGGGGGCGGAUACACUCUAUAUAACAGCCACACAGAUAUCAGUGACUAUGGGGAAGGGGAAACCGCUAAUGAUUCCAGUAAAACAAAGGGAAAGUUACGCUGCGCUGUGUGCAAUAAACUGUUUAUCAGUAAGAGAACCCUGGAGCGCCACCAGAUAGUGCACACGGGGGAGAAGCCGUAUUCCUGCCCCGACUGUGGGAAGAGCUUCGCGCGUCUCUCCACCCUUACUGUGCACCGGAGAACCCACACGGGGGAGAAACCAUUUACCUGCGCCGAGUGUGGGAAACGCUUUGCCAGCGUGCAGCAUAUGGCCUCGCACCGCAUCGUUCACACGGGGGAGAAGCCGUUCUCCUGUCCCGACUGCGGCAGAUCUUUCGCCCAUCGCUCCACCUACAAUAAACAUCUGCCGAUCCACACGGGAGAGAAACCACACGCCUGCGCCGAUUGCGGGAGAUGUUUCUCAUGUCUGGAACUGCUGCGCCUACACCUAAAGACUCACAGGGAGGAGAAGCGAUUUACUUGUUCGGAUUGCGGCAUAGGCUUUGCGGAUCGAUCAUGGUUCCAUAAACAUCUCAGAACUCAUACAGGAAGAGCCAAUGUGCUCCCAACCUGAUUGGGCUCUGUAGAAAGGGAUUUAGUCGGUCCAAACCGCCCCCCAGUAACACUAAGGGAUAACUGCCUGGUGUGCUGGUUGCUAUGUAGUUCUGCAUAACAACGGAUAAGGACUGCCCUGAGCUGCCAUUAAGUACAGAGCUGCGGGGCCCUGAGACCCCUGGGGAGGGGGGCAGCAAUUAAAGGGGCGUGGCCAAUCAGCAGAACUUGUGACUCAUUUUCUUACUAACCCACUCGUUCAUUCAAAGUAAUAAAAUAAUAUUUGGAAUGAA